GAUGGAGUCGUCUUGGUGCGGUAUGUCGGCUUUGCAAGGGCCAGAUCGCUGAGUAAAUGCGUUUGGAUGCUGAAAGCAGUGAUGCGCAAGAGUGAAAGAAGGAAGAUGAGGAGGAAGAGAUGAGUAGGAAGUAGGAAGAUCAAGUAGGCAGGGACGAAAGAAUUUUUUCUCUCUCUCUCUCUCUUUGCAGCCCCCGGCAGAAUGCGGAAUAAUAACGUGGUAUUAUUAUCUCAAGCCCGAGUCUGGUUGCCCGUCAGAUGGAAGGCCCGUUCACACACACACUCACACACACAAACGCAAAAUUGAUAACAGAGGUGAGAAUCGGAGAAAAGAGGGGGGGAUGGCUGUAGUCAUAAAAUAGGGAUUUCAAAAUGGAUGAAACCGGGGAAUCGCUGCUACGGGCACCAAUUCCUGCCUGGAGAGAGCACACAAAUGGGCGAAGCCGUAACGCCUGGCGUGCGCAUAAGAAAGACUCUGUCGCCGGCGGCCACAGAACGAACGCUCAGGACUGCUCUGGACGAGUCGAGAUGGAGGGUGGCGCCAUGUCAGCAAAGUACACUCAGGUAGACGGUACGGGCAAUCACAUCAGAGUCCUAGACGCGCAAUCGACACUCGUCGAAUGGGCUUUCCCAGCGAUUUCUGCUGCCAUGCCGUCUCAUCCAUGCAGCCUCUCUACGGCGUCGCGGGCUCAUGUAUCUGCUACAACGCCAAGGAUGGGAGCGCCAGGCGCCAGUCGGCCACUCGCUCGCCCAGAAAGGGGGUCGAGACAGAAGCUCCUUUGCGGCGGCGCAGGCUCAACGAGAAGCCCAGCCACGAAAGCGUCGGUCCCGGGUCGACGCGAUUCUGCGCACACGCCGCCCCGCGAUUCCCAUUGGCCGCGCACCAGCAGGGCUCAUCAAGGCAUCGAAGCCGUAGCGGCGGCUGCCUCGAGUCUGCGUCCCCCUCCGGCCCUCCAUCUUGUGCGCCAUGCAGGAAGCCCAGCGGCCUGCGAGCCACAGGAAGCUUCGUCCACGGCCACUUUGGGACGGCGCUGCAGCCUGCCGCGGCGUGCAGUGUGCUGGCACGGGAGACACGAAUCGACGGCGGGCGAUCUCGCAUUCACUCGAGCAAGUGUGUGAGUCACACCCUUCGGAAAUGCAAUGUGAUGCCAGAUGGUGAAGAUGCAGACAGAUGGCUGUGGAAUCACAAGGAACAGCCUGCGAACGAACGGAUGGCUGAGAAGCGUUUCGUUGGUUGGCUUGUACUGGAUACUUGGUCGUCUGGCCGUCCGUGUCAGACAUUUGUUAGGUAAUGGACGACAAACGGAUUUCUCUGGAUUGUCUGGCUUCCAUACU